AAAAUGAUAUCUGUAAAUGCAACUCUUAGCCAGCCCUACUGAUGACAGAUCCAACAGGUCCAUGCCAAAGAGCAGUCCCAAAGAUUACCACGCUUUGAUCAGUUUCUUGUCAAGAGAGCUCCUGAACUCACUCAAUUCAUCCAAUACAUUAAACGUAGCUCAUUGUCUUUUCACCAUGGGAAAGACACGCCUUUGCUUGAUUGGGGCAGGCCCCAGCGGAAUGUCAUUCCUCUACAAUCUGGAAGUGGCUCGCAAGGAAGGCAAGGAUGUGCCGGAAGUGGUCUGAUUUGAUCGUCAAUCCAACUGGGGCGGACUUUGGAAUUACACGUGGAGAACUGGACUGGAUCAGCAUGGCGAGCCCGUUCAUGGCAGCAUGUACAGAUAUCUGUGGUCAAAUGGACCCAAAGAGGCCCUCGAGUUCCCCGACUACACCUUCGAGGAGCAUUACGGACAAACGAUCCCCUCCUUUCCACCAAGGGAAGUGCUCUUCGAUUACCUUCAAGGUCGAUGGAAAAAGUUCGAUCUGGAUCGCUUCAUCUCUUUCAACCACAGUGUGAAGGAUGUGACCUACAACGCCAACUCGGACAAAUUUUCGGUGGUGACCAAGAACCAUAAGGCUGAUAUGUUGAACAAGGCCGAGGAGUUUGAUUACGUUGUUAAUUGUAGUGGCAACUUCUCGACCCCAAAUGUUCCGUCUUUCCAGGGCAUUGAGAAAUUUCCCGGUCGAGUUUUGCACGCUCACGACUUCCGGGAUGCGGUCGAGUUCAAAGACAAGCGCCUUCUCAUCGUGGGGGCCAGCUACUCGGCCGAGGAUAUCGCCCUCCAAUGCAUCAAAUAUGGAGCCAAGAACAUCAUUUGCUCCUACCGGACCAAACCCAUGGGCUUUAAAUGGCCGUCCACUAUUUCAGAGCGCCCUCUCUUGACCAAGAUCGAAGGAAAUACGGUUCAUUUCGUUGACGGCUCGUCGGCUGAAGUGGAUGCCAUCCUGCUGGCCACUGGUUACCUCCAUCACUAUCCUCAUUUGGAGGAUCAGCUCCGACUCACUGGUCCCAACGUUCUCUUCCCUAAGGAGUUGUAUAAGGGCAUCGUUUGGACGCGAAGUGGCAAUGGGAAAUUCCUUUACAUUGGGGCCCCUGAUGAAUAUUAUACCUUCACCAUGUUCGAUAUGCAAGCCCUAUGGGCCUUAAAAUACAUCAUGGGAGAAGUCAAACGACCAGAGCGGGACGCGAUGCAAGCUGACAUGGAUAAAUGGCUCGAGUUGCAAGCCAAGAACAAGGAUUAUCAUGACGAAAUCGAUUACCAGACCAAGUACAUCAUGGAUUUGGCAGCGGAGACCAAGUAUUUGUUCAACUUGGAUGUGGCCAAGAUGUUUCAUGAUUGGGAGCACGAUAAAGAUCGGGAUAUUCUUACUUAUCGAGACAAGGCCUUCGCUAGCAAAUUUACUGGCAACAUGUCCCCUAUUCAUCACACGCCGUUCAUGCAGGCCAUGGAUGAUUCCAUGGAAUGUUUCUUGGGGUCAAAAUAAGUACAUUGAAGAGCAUUGAAACCAGUAGCCACAAUGACACGUGAAUAAUCUCGACUGAAACAAGAUUAAGGCAAUGGUCAGUUUCGAUCCAACAUCUGUGCUUUUGGUAAACAAUGUUGCUUGAAUGAAUGAAAUUGUUUAUGCCAGUUUCAUAUCAA